AUGAAGCCCACAGACAAGCCCUUCUGCUGUAACGUCUGUCAGCGUGCAUUCACCCGCAUUGAUCACCUCAAACGCCACCAUUUGCGCCAUUCUGGCCAGAGACCCUAUUCCUGCGUAUUCUGCGAUAGCUCAUUCGCGCGCUGUGACAACCUGCGCGUUCAUUACACCGAUUGCGCCAGGCGCGGGGAUCGCGAAAUUCCUGAGACGGGUCAGAGGGGUAGGCGGCGACAUGCCUGUCAAUCGUGUACCUCGAUGAAACUCCGGUGUGAUGGACAAAGCCCCUGCGGAUCCUGUCAGAAGAGAAACCUGACGUGCAACAAUGAGCGAACGGCAGGUCAGAGUCACCCAGGGAUCGAGGAAGGUACAACAAGCCUUGAGUCCACUCGGUCGCAAUCGAAGACCCAUACGAACCGUACGGAAAUGUCGGUGAACCCCGAAAUCCCCGAAGAAGAGCCAUCAUCCGACCGAGGAUCAAUCAAGUUCCUACUUAAUGGUGGCACCGAUAGCUUCACAGAAAACUUUCGACUUCCCCCACGCAGUGAUCGUACGCGCAGUCUCAACUAUCAUAAUACAAAUGGCUUCGAGGAAUUGGAGGGCACAGGGUUUCCUUAUAACAUCAAUGCCGCUCGGCCGGAAUACGGCUCUGGGUUCAUUGAUUCUAACCCUGUCGCGCCGCAAUUCUUCCAAGAUACGUUCCUGGACUUUUUCCACGGCCCUUUUGGGGAUGGAAAUAAACCCACGGAGAAUCCUUAUCAUACCGGCGCACCGAGCUACCAGUGCGCCAUUCCUCCAGGGCAGCAUCCUACUGCAUUGCCCGGAGAUACACCUAUCUUCCAACCGGAACGACCGUUCGCAACGACAUUAAUUCAUCUAAUAUUAACACAAGCGUGGCAGGUCCCGCUUGAUUCUACAGCGCAGGAGUUAUCUGCGAGUCUCAACUUUCUAUUGACCACUGCGCGAAUACGAAAAUACAUUGCGCUCUAUUUCAAAUACUGGCAACCUAGCUGUCCAAUGCUUCAUAUAUCGUUUGAUCCGGAGACAGUUCCCCUGCCGCUCUUGGCCGCGGUAGUCUUUAUGGGCGCAAUGUACAGUAGCGACCAGAGGGAGGUCUACGUCGCCAAGAGAGUGCUAGAUUUUGCAGAGCUGUUCAUCUUUGCGAACGAUGUGUUCUCGGCAGAGAGCGAAAUCGGCGCCACGUUCUCAGGCAGCCGAUGCUUCGACGAGGAACCUAAGGACUGGGAUUGGUUCCAGAACUUUCAGGCCGGGGUUAUCAUCACUAUUGUCCAAUACUGGGCGGGAAACCGUUUGUCUCGAAAUCGCGCGAUGGAAAAUCGAUUCGGUGAGGUUGUGAAGGUUGCUCGACGAAUCGAACUUGUCAAAUCCCGUCACCUUCUUGAUGACCAGGUUUCAGAGCACCUGUGGAUCCAAAAGGAGUGUCGAAUUAGGACGAUUUCUAUUAUUUCCCUGCUUGAUUGCGCAUUCUUUUUCUUUCAGAAUUACCCGUGUCGCCUAGCACACACUGAAAUGGAAUGCGAUCUGCCCUGCCAUGAAUCACUUUUCUUCUCUGAGCACCCGUUCGCAGAGCCAAAUUUUCGCUUUUCACGUAGCCUCAGGCUUUCGGAGGCCUUUAGGAAUUUGUUUGACGAAGCAGCCGAAUCUAGUCCAAUGGACCUGACUGCUUUAGACAUGUUUAUCUUGAUUCACAUUUUGUUCUCAUUUAUUAACACUCAUAUGACACUUCUCGGUUCUCUUAUACCCGUGGGCCAUUUCAAGAAUCCGAGGAAAAGUGCCGGGGUUGGCACGAAUGACAGCACGAUUGCUGAAGAUUCUAUCCUUAUUGCCAUCCGCACUGCUCUAUCCCGGUGGCGUGAUUACUGGGUUGCACUACGCAAUAGAGUAUCAAAUGACGAAUGGGCGUCAAUGGGGUUCUAUAAGAAUGGGUAUAAUUUUUGGCUGGUAUCGCAACUGCUUAUCACCAGAAAGGAUGCCGUUGAUGUGGUGAUGCAAAUGGAAGUGCACUGUGAAGAUAAACUGGAGAAGCUGAAGGUGUUGCUUCUUGAUGACCAGGAAGAUGUAUAA